CCACCCAAACGUGGAAAACAGCGAGGCGUGACAGAAACCAGAAAUGGCGUCGACCAGCGUUUCGAAGGGCCAAAUCCUCUCCCUCUACCGUUCCUUCCUCCGGACAGCUCGCCAGUUCAGGGACUACAACAUUCGGGAGUACACCAAGCGACGGACGGUGGAUGGCUUCCGGCAGAACAGGGGUUUAACCGACCCGUCUUCAAUCUCCGCCGCCUUCUCCGAAGCGAAAUCCCAGCUCGAUGUCGCCAAGAGACAGGCCGUCGUGUACUCACUCUACGCCCCCGAUAUCAGAAGCGUUAUGGAGACCGACUUGAAAGUGAUUGUGGAACGAACUUGAGAUGGCUUCAGAUUGUUGGGCAUUAGUACAGCUGUGGUGUGGAACGCAGCAAAAAUAACAAGUUUGUUUCUUGAGUGAUUAUUGUGUUGUGCUCAUGGGUUCAAGUAGUGUCUAGAAGUUGAUUGUCCAAUGGAAUGUGUAAUUUCCAUUUCCUACUUAGGCGACCUCAUCGGAGUGGCUUGCACUAUGUGCUGUUGUGAUGAGGAUUGAUAUUUGCUAAUAUGUUGAAGCAUGUAUGAAUAAUAUGUACCCUGGUGACGAACCCUGUUCCUUGUGCUUGUGUAAUUGAAAACAAAUUAGUCCUCCAUCGUUAGUGCUUAUGUUCAUAAGAAUAAGCUCUAUUCAAUGUGAACAAAGGUUUAGUCUCGCAAUAGCUGCUUCUAUGAUAUUUGCUAACAUGUUGAAGCAUGUAUGAAUAAUAUGUACCCUGGUGACGAACCCUGUUCCUUGUGCUUGUGUAAUUGAAAACAAAUUAGUUCUCCAUCGUUAGUGCUUAUGUUCAUAAGAAUAAGCUCUAUUCAAUGUGAACAAAGGUUUAGUCUCGCA